AUGGAGUUCAAUAGCCUAACUGGCUCCAUACCAGCCGGAAUAUUCAACAUCUCAACACUGGGAAGACUAGGCCUACAGAACAAUAAACUUUCUGGAUUGAUACCAGCCUCAAUCUCAAAUGCAUCUAAACUAACUUUCUUAUACUUGGAUACAAACAGAUUCAGUGGUCCAAUUCCAAGUUCUCUUGGAAACCUAAGACUUCUAAGAUGGCUAGAUCUCUCUGCAAAUCAUUUCACAACUGAACCUUCAUCAAGAGAAUUGAGUUUCAUCAAUUACUUGACAAAUUGUAAGUACCUAGAAAUAUUGUCUUUUAAUGACAAUCCGCUGCACGGUAUUCUUCCAAUAUCGGUUGGGAAUCUUUCAACUUCUAUGGAGAGAUUCUAUGCAUAUGACUGCGGAAUCAAGGGAAGCAUUCCUGAUGCAUUCGGGAAUUUGAGCAAUCUAGUGGUUUUGAGUCUAUUUGUAAAUCACCUGAGUGGACCCGUUCCAGCCACAGUGAAACAAUUGCAAAAACUUCAAGUUUUAAAUUUCUAUGACAACCGAUUGAGUGGUUCGAUUCCAGAUAGUUUUUGUGAGUUAAAGAGCUUGUACGGAUUAUAUCUGGGUAAAAAUCAGCUUCGUGGGUCAAUACCAUCAUGCAUAAGUAAUGUUAGUUCACUGAGAAAAAUUUCCUUUGAUGGGAACUUCUUAAAUUCAAGCAUACCUGCAAGCUUGUGGAACCUCAGUGAUCUAUUUUAUUUGGGUCUGUCCUCUAAUUCGCUGAAUGGCUCACUACCUCAAGAAAUUGAAAAUUUGAAGAUGAUAACAAUAUUGGAUCUGUCAGGAAAUCAUCUCAGUGGGAAUAUUCCAAGUUCCAUUGGAGCUUUGCAAAGUUUAGCCAACCUUUCUUUAGCACAAAAUAAGCUUGAGGGACCUAUUCCAGACUCACUAGGUCACAUGUUACGCUUGGAACUUUUGGACCUAUCUAAUAAUAACCUAUCGGGUUCGAUACCAAAGUCCUUGGAAACACUUUUGCAGCUUGAUUACAUUAAUCUUUCUUUCAACCACUUUAGAGGAGAAAUUCCCAGUAGUGGUCCUUUCAAGAACUUCACAUACGAAUCAUUCAUGUUUAACGAUGAUUUGUGUGGUGAUGAAAGGUUUCAUGUUCCUCCAUGCAAUUCUCGUCAGAUUCACAGAUCAAGUCGAAAGAAACUAUUUCACAUGUUAGGCAUUAUAUCAGGUAUUGCUGCAACAAUAAUUGCUGGUACAACUGUUGUAAUUUUACUUUUAAGAUGCCGGAGGAAGGAUGCAGUUUCAAGAAAUGUUGACUUAUUGCCGGUGGUAGUGCCAAGAAGGAUUUCAUAUUAUGAACUUGUUCAAGCAACUAUUGCCUACGAUGAAAGCAAUUUAAUUGGCAAAGGGAGUUUUGGAUCUGUAUAUAAAGGUAUUCUAGCGGAUGGGACAGUGGUAGCUGUGAAAGUUUUCACUUUUCUAACCGAAGUCACUUCUAGGAGUUUCGAUGCGGAAUGUCAAGUUCUACGUAACCUUCGGCAUAGAAACCUAACCAAAGUGAUUGGCAGUUGCUCUAACCUUGAAUUCAAAGCCUUAGUGCUAGCAUAUAUGCCCAACGGGAGCCUUGAGAAAUGGUUGUACUCCCACAACCUUUGCUUGGAUCUGCUGCAAAGAACAAGCAUAAUGACGGAUGUUGCUUCUGCAUUGGAAUACCUGCAUUUUGGUUAUACAACACCUGUGGUUCACUGUGAUCUGAAACCUAGCAACAUAUUACUUGACGAAAAUAUGGUUGCUCAUGUAAGUGAUUUUGGUAUUGCAAAGAUUUUGGAUGAAGAAAAUAGUGCUAUGCAUACCCAGACUCUUGCAACACUUGGAUACAUGGCACCAGAGUAUGGAGUUGAAGGGCAGGUGUCAAUAAGAAUUGAUGCGUAUAGUUUUGGCAUACUUCUGAUGGAAACAUUUUCAAGAAUGAAGCCUAGUGAUGAAAUGUUCAAAGAUGAUUUGAGCCUGAAGAGUUGGAUAGAAGAAUCUCUGCCUAAUGCAACAAUUCAGAUUAUAGAUGCCAACUUACUCAGGCAACAAGAUGAGCAUUUCAAUGAGAAAUUGCAGUGUGUUUCAAUGAUCUUCAAAUUGGCUUUAAGUUGCUGUACUGAAUGCCCACAAGAUCGAACUAACAUGAAAGAUGUUGUGGCAGUACUCAAGAAGAUAAGACGUCACCUUGCCACUUUCUCGGACAACUCAAGAUCGAACUAG